AUGGAUUGCGUCUGCACACAGGUCACGGUGGCCCACGGUGGCCUGUCCAGGCACAUAGAUGGCAAUGGCACACUUGGGCCCCUGGCAGCAUCGUCAGCCUGCAAUGACUAUGUAGCUCUUGUUCAUCCAGAUCUUGACAGGGAGACAGAAGAGAUCUUGGCAGAUGUACUGAAGGUUGAGGUUUUCAGACAAACGGUAGCAGAUCAGGUGCUGGUAGGAAGUUACUGUGUUUUUAGUAACCAAGGAGGAAUUGUGCACCCCAAAACGUCAAUUGAUGAUCAGGAUGAACUGUCUUCGUUGCUCCAGGUCCCGCUCGUGGCCGGAACGGUGAAUCGUGGCAGCGAGGUCAUUGCGGCAGGAAUGGUUGUAAAUGACUGGUGUGCCUUCUGUGGGCUGGAUACAACCAGCACUGAGCUCUCCGUCAUCGAGAGUAUCUUCAGGCUGAAUGAUGCUCAGCCAAGUACCAUUGCUACCAGCAUGAGAGGUUCCUUGAUUGACAGCUUGACAUGAGCUGUGUUGGUUCCUACUUUCCAGAAAGCUCCUAAGGAGUGAAGUGUCAAGCUGCACUUUGGAUUACAGACAUCUAGACCUUCUGAUGUUGUUUCUGCAGGCCUAGCCCAAGGAAGAGGCUACAAAACCGAGUUUUCGUAGUGUUUUGUAAACUAAGUAUUAUUACAAAAACUGACAAAUAACACCCAUAAGUUACAAAUAAGGAAUGCUGUCUAUCCCUUUGCUGACAUUCUCCCGUUCUUCAGCUGUGCUUUCUUGGUUCGUGAUGCUGACUGAGCCCCUCAAAUUUGCCCACAAUAUUUACUCUUGUGGCCCUUGGAUAUUGAUCACUAGAGAUUAUUUUGCCUUAAAUAAUGCAUCAGUGUUCUGCUGCACAGCAGUCUCUUUCAGCACAUACAUGGCACUGCCCUCUCUUUCCACACUCUUGCUAAAGAGCGGUGUUUCUGCUGUAGGUAGACUUAAGAGCCCCUUGUAUGUCCAAUACCAAAAUAUAGUAGUUUACUUGCCACAAAAUAAUUCAGAAGUCAUCACCUGCUCUUGCCCUGACUUGCAGCUAUUCCCACAGGGCUGGUGAUUCUGAAGUGAUCAGCUGUGAUUAAAACUGGAAUUUCUCAAAGUCAAUCCAGGGGCUCCUAACAGCAACAACGUGUGACCACCUCUGGAACAGUGGUAUUUGAUCUGUUGUCUGCAGCUGCCUGGUGGCAUGUGUGCUGCUUCUGAGGCAUCUGCGAGAGGGAGCCUAGAAAAGCAUGCUGUUGCCAUUGGGCUUAAAUUUGUUCUACAGGAGUUAGCUACGUACGCUGGGAAACUCUUAGAAGUCAGCAAAUCAAAAAAGAUUUAAACCACCUCAUCUUGAGUUAUCUUGGAGACAAAGGUUAAGUAACACGGUUCUAACCAGUUACUCCAUUCAGUUAGAUGUUACAGAUUUGGGAGCUUGCUAAUUAGGAGCUCUGCCCUUGUCAGGGAGUGAUGAUGACAAAAAGGAGCUGUAGAUACCGCUUUCAGGUAGAAGAUAGUCAUUUGCUUCGAAGCAGGGCUGUUGCUCACUGAUCUCUCAUUUCAGUUGCUUUUCUUCUGCUUGCCCGUUAAAGGUGUACUGAAGGCACAGAAAUGCCUCCGCUUCCCAUCCUAAGGGUGUGUGGAAGCUCCUUGCUUGCUUCCACACAGCUGCAUUACUCUCAGCUGGGUUCUCUUGAGUGCUGUCCUGAAGGCAGCGUGGGCAGAGCUCUUUUUUAGCCCUGGUGCUUCAGGCUUUGUAGAAAACUUAGUCAACUUCCAUUUUUGUUUUACUGUCUGGAUGUUAAGGGAAGGUUUUAUGAGUUUUGGUUGAUUAAAGGUUGCUCCUUAAACUUUUAAAUAAAGAUUGCCAUAGGAUCUUCUCUGACCGUAGCAGUCCUGCCAUCUGGUCUGUCUAGAAUGGUAACUGAGCCAGGGGCUGCGAUUUCCAGACAGCUCACCUUCCUUCUGCCAUUGGGGAAGCCUGUAAGCAGCUCAUAGCUCCUUGCUACUACAGCUAACAAUUUUUGGUGUUUAUGGCCCCUUUGAUAUAGUGGACUACCUUUCUUGGCACUGACUCAAGGUCUCCUCCUCUUAGCAUAUCUCGGUAUUUAGAGUGAGAAGCUGAUUUCCUUUGGCCACCUCACAGGGAUCUGUUCUUGGGUAUAAAUGGCAAAGACUGACUUGCUAUCGGUGUUAGCCUGUAUUCGUCAAGUGCAAAAUGAGUAAGGCUGAAGUUUUCCUCUGCAACUUCUGUAACUUUUUUUUUUUCAUUCCGGUUGAUAGGCAGGAACCCUCGUUUAUAUUGGUGAUCUUGAUGUGUGUUACGUGUUAAAAAUUGCUUAGAGGUAAACAAGAAAAAUAAUCCAGUCUCUCUGUAAUCCAAAUCCUUAAGUAGGAAAGAUAGUGGUACAGAGUUGGGGGUUGUGAUAUGCCAAAGAGGGUUAGAGACAGACAGCAGGAUAGGGUGUUGCUGACUGUGGUGUGUGACCUCUUACAAAAGUUGCAUUGAAGCUUGGGAACUAGAAGGUGGCAAACGUGAUGCCCGUUCUAAACAAGGGUUUGUGGGAAUUCUGAACUAGUAAGAUGGACCUAUGUACAAGGAAAACAGAAACUAUAAUAAAGAAUGGAAUUGGUAGAAACAUGGAUACAUGGUAUCAUGAGAGUAUAAACUUGGUGUUUUAAUGGCAAGUCAUGUCUUGUAAGACCUGUGGAGUUCUCUAAAGGAGUCCACAGGAAUAUGGAGAAGGUCUGUUGUAGUGUUACUUGCAUUUCCAAAAGGCAUUUGGCAGGUUUUUGUGCCAAAGGCUUUUAAGGACCCUGGGUGAGUGAUCCCAUGGAAUGAGAGGGAAGCCCUUUCACAUGCUUGAGGAUGGGGGACAAAGUCAGAGUAAAUGGUUAGAUUUUCCAGGAUUUUCACAGGGAGCCCCGCUGGGAGCCACAACGUUCAACGUUACUGUGUCCUGUUUAGGAAAGACAGUGGAUUAGUGCAGGGAAGUUUGCCCAUACUGACUUAUUCUGACUAGUAAGGAUAAGCACUGACUGAUGGGUUGAUAGAAAGGUAAUUUCAGUGCAGCUGAACGUGAAGAGAAGAAUGUUAGGGUUAAUCCAAAUGUCACACCUGUAGUGAUGACCUCUGAGCCGUGCAAGACCAAAUUUGGCCUGAAGGUACGUAUUUGAACAAGACGUGCUCAGUCUUCAGUAACAGUCAAAAAAGCAAACUGCACGUUUGGAGUUAAUUAGGAAAAGAAAGCCCCAACAAAGCAUCAUUAUCUGUAAAUCCGUGAUACAUCUUUGUCUUGAGUGCUAUAUGUAGAUUAGAUGCAAGUGUUGCACAGUGGUUGCCAUGCUUUUCUGCAAAUACAUAUUUUUGGGUAAUGCUCAUCUACUUCAUUGUUCAUUAAAUUUUGGUUCUUCUGUAAACUAAAAGCUCCAAAGGAAGCCAGGGGAAAGGAGGAGUGAGAUUCUCACGCUAUUGCCAAUUACCUCCCUGAGAACCUGCCUAGCAGUGUCAGAGCUUGCAGGUGCAGGGCCGUGAGGAUGAGACUUGUGAGAACAACAGUGUGAAACAGUAAGGGAGAAAUGACAGCUCAGGUGAAGCGUUACAGAAAGGGAGAGUUACAAGUGGCAGGCCCUUGGCAUCGCACAGCUUGAGGCACUUAAAGCACUGCGCAACACUUGACUGACCCUUUUUAUGUGCUUUAUCUCAAAGGCGGCACCCUCCAGUGGUGAUGCCAAAAGAAGGUGUUAAGGAAUAAUCAAUAAAAUCAAGUCGUGUGUC